UGUGUACCGAAGCGUACAUGAUAUAAAUCCAUUACAGCAUGUACUGAACCGUAUACAGAUAAAUCGAGUAUACAUUAGCCAAAUAAUAUUGAUUUUGUAUGGUGGCAGAUUAAGGACAUUUCGUUGUGGCGUCCUGACGCACAUAACGAAUAUUUGAAUAGUGUGUGUUGUUUUGGCACGCGCGUCAAUGCGACAAAAUGAAAUUAACAAUGCAACAAAAAACAUGGAAUGCGAAAGAACGAAACAUUUUAUCUCGCGAGGGCGUGGACAUUUGUUUUGCGCAUCUUGACGAAAUAAAAAGUUGUUUCGUUUUGUCGCCUUGUACAGCACAUUUUGUUGUCUCGCCCUGAUGCAUGCGCCAACGCGAGGCAAAGAAACAUUUUAUUUCAUCUUUGCACAUGUCGCUUUCGUUGUUGCGCGUUUGUAUGUGCGCCAGUACGUGCGCACCUCAACGCAACAUAAAUGACCAAAACCAGCCACCAUAGAUUAUGUUUGACCUUCCUAAAAGCAACGUAGCGUAAAAUCGACACGGCAAACCUAACUUACACGAUAUAUUCUGUGUUUAGAAUAGUGGUGAUUUUUAUUUUAUUUGUUUAUUACUUUUUAGAAGUAAUUAAAAAAUCAUUCAAUAAACCAAUCAACAACACCGUUAAACAUCGGCCAUCUCCGCCUGUAAUGUCUAUUUAUAUAAAUGCUGUUAUAUGUUUGCAAUAUUUAUAUUCUACAUACUGUUACCUUUUAUGGACCGUUUAAUUAAAUGUGACAAAUUCGGAAGUCAAACAAAACUUACGUAUGUUGUAUCAUGAAAGACAUGCAAUCUUUGACCUUUAGUUGGCAUGCCAAGAACUGUUUCUGUUGAUACAUAAAAAAUCUUAAUACUGCACAGCCAGAUCGAGAGAACAUGCAAGAAGACGAGAAAGCAGCUAUUGUUAUUGACAACGGUUCCGGAAUGUGUAAGGCUGGCUUUGCCGGCGACGACGCCCCGCGUUGUGUCUUUCCUUCUUUGAUAGGGUACCCUAAAUACGAGAUAGAAAUGCACGGCGCAGAAUGCCGAGAUUCGUUUGUUGGAGAUGAAGCUCAAAGAAAGCGGGGUAUUCUCUCCCUUAAUUAUCCUAUACAGCAUGGAAUUAUCACAAACUGGGACGAUAUGGAGAAAAUAUGGUACCAUACAUUCUACAACGAACUUCGUGUAGCGCCAGAGGAGCAACCCGUACUGCUGUCAGAAUCUCCAUUUAAUCCAAAAGCUAACAAAGAAAACAUGGCACAGAUAAUGUUCGAAAAGUUCUACGUCCCGGCUUUCUACGUUAGUAUCCAGGCCGUCCUGUCGCUAUUUGCUUCCGGGAGACACGCUGGAGUGGUCAUAGACUCUGGUGAUGGCGUCACACAUAUUGUCCCAGUCGAAGGAAUUUAUCCUAUUCCAUACGCCAUUAUGCGGAUAGAUGUUGCCGGGCGGGACCUGACUCGCUAUCUAAGCAGACUGUUGCAGGAGAGAGGCCAUAGCUUCAGCACAUCCGCCGAGAUGGAAAUAGUUCGGGACAUUAAAGAAAAAUUGGGUUAUGUAGCUCUCGACUUCCGGAAGGAAAUGCAGACGACGCAAUGUACUUCCGCCAAUGACAGGACUUACGAACUCCCAGAUGGUCAGAAAGUUAUUGUCGGAAAUGAAAGGUUCCGUUGUGCAGAGGCAUUGUUUGAUCGAACUCUUUUAGGGCAAGAAAAGCAGAAUGGUUUCAGUGACCUGAUAUACGAAUCCAUCAUGAAGUGUGAUAUAGACCUUAGGAGACAUUAUUUCUGCAAUAUCAUCAUGUCAGGAGGCUCAACCAUGUUCCCAGGAAUGGCAGAAAGAGUAGAGAAAGAUCUCAGAAGCUUCACACAACCAACAAAUAUUGUCAAGGUCGUUGCGCCGCCUGAAAGGAAGUACUCUGUGUGGAUUGGAGGCUCGAUCGUAGCAUCUUUAUCAACUUUUCAAAGUAUGUGGGUAAGCAAAGAGGAAUAUGAAGAAAGUGGACCGGCAAUUGUACAUCGGAAGUGCGUGUAUUAACUUGUUGGCCCAAUUCAAUACCACAAAAUAGCAAAAGUACAUGGACAUUGAAACGACCUACCUGUCAAGAGCAAUGAAAAGAUAUGAUGUUAUGAUAGAAGCUUGUAACUGACCUAACAAAUGUCCGAGUCAGGACUAGUUUGUUUGGUAAGAUGAUACACGUAUCUGUAUCCAGUACAGUUAUAAAGCUUAUUGGUAGUACAAAUGCAUAUGCAUGUAUAGUGGAAGACUAGAAAACCUAUUUGGUCCAUUCUGUUGAUGUUCGCCAUGCUGGCAUUGCACUUAACAGCGUCUAAUUAACCUGAUCACCUAAGGCAGACAUCGGUUCGAGAUGAGACAGACAAAUAUUUCGUGGUGGGACUUCGGUUCAUUUUCAGAAAAAU